AUGAAUCCAAUGAAUGCGCCUACCGGCCCUGCUUCGCUGUGGCAGGAGGCUCGAACUCCUGAAGGACGCGCCUACUACUACAAUGUGCAGACAAAAGCGACACAAUGGACAAAGCCCGUCGAAUUGAUGACUCCUGUAGAGCGGGCAUUAGCCAAUCAACCAUGGAAAGAAUAUACCGCGGAAGGCGGACGGAAGUACUGGUCCAACUCCGAAACCAAGCAAAGUACAUGGGAAAUGCCGGAAGUCUACAAGAACGCGCUGGCUCAGGCUCAAGCUGCACCUACUGUACCUGCUGCAGGCCCGACUUUCGUUGCUGGCGGAGUGAGUUCGUUAACAUCCUACCAGCCGCGUGAUCGCGAUGACUAUGAUCGAGGAUAUAACGACAAUCGUGGAGGCUUUAGCGCUGGUGAUGUCAAUGGAAUUGCGGCUGGUUCCAUGCUAGGAACAACACAGGAACCGGACUAUGGAUCGCUGGAAGAAGCUGAGGGGGCAUUCAUGAAGAUGCUGAAGCGUCACAAUGUUCAACCUGACUGGACAUGGGAGCAAACAAUGCGUGAAACUAUCAAGGAUCCUCAGUAUCGCGCUCUCAAAGACCCUAGAGACCGCAAGGCUGCGUUUGAGAAAUAUGCGGUCGAGGUUCGCUUGCAGGAAAAAGACCGGGCGAAAGAAAGAUUCGCUAAGCUCAGAGCAGAUUUCAAUACUAUGUUGAAACGCCACCCUGAAAUCAAACACUACACACGGUGGAAGACCAUCCGGCCGAUCAUUGAAGGCGAAACCAUCUUCAGAUCGACCAAUGAUGAAAACGAGCGGCGACAGCUUUUCGAAGAAUAUAUUCUAGAACUCAAGAAGGAGCACGCCGAAAAAGAAGCUGCCGCGCGCAAGGCCGCCAUGGACGAACUUGUGACUAUCCUCAAGUCCCUGGAACUUGAGCCUUAUACCCGGUGGUCGGAGGCACAAGCCAUCAUCCAGUCGAACGAGAGAGUUCAAAACGAAGAUAAGUUCAAGGCUCUCAGCAAAUCAGACAUUUUGACUGCAUUCGAGAACCAUAUCAAGUCUUUGGAGCGCGCUUUCAACGAUGCACGUCAGCAACAGAAGGCAGCCAAAGCCAGAAAGGAACGACAUGCCCGUGAGCAGUUUGUUGACUUGCUCAAGGAGUUGAGGUCGAAAGGGGCCAUCAAAGCUGGCAGCAAGUGGUCUAACAUUUACCCUACAAUUCGUGAAGACCCGCGUUACCUUGGCAUCCUUGGAAACUCAGGCUCCUCUCCUUUAGAUCUCUUCUGGGAUGUGAUCGAGGAGGAAGAGCGAUCCCUGCGCGGACCCCGUAAUGAUGUCUUGGAUGUCCUUGACGACAACCGAUUCGACGUCACCUCCAAAACUACCUUUGAAGAGUUCAACUCCAUCGUAUCAUCUGAUCGCCGCACAGCCAAGAUUGAUCCAGAGAUUCUCCAGGUCAUCUUUCAACGUAUUCAGGAGAAGGCUCUCCGGAGGAACGAGGAAGAGAAGCACGCAGCAGACCGCCAUCAAAGACGCUCCAUUGACGCUCUGCGCUCCCGCCUAAAGCGUCUGGACCCUCCGCUCCGCUUCACAGACACAUGGGACAAGGUAAAGCCCACACUAGAAAAGUACGACGAAUACAAGGCCCUUGAGACCGACGAACUCCGCCAAAUUGCUUUCGACAAGGUCAUCCGUCGCCUCAAGGAGAAAGAGGAAGACGCCGAGCGAGACCGCGAUAGGGAUCGCGGCAGCCGCCGAGACCAUCAUCAUGACCGCGAUCGUGACCGUGACCGUGACCGUGAUCGCAGUCGCGAACAUCGCAGCUACAGAGGCGAGCGGCGCGGCCCCUCCAGCCGGCAAAGCCGCACUCCGGAACCAGACGCCUACGAAGCCGACCGCCGCAAAGCUCAAGCCGACCGCGAGCGCUCCUACCGCAAGGCCGCGAGCGGGCUCUCACCAGUCCGCGAAAGAUGGGACGAGCGCGACCGUGAUCGGGACCGAGACCGUGACCGUCGUGACCGCGAUCGUGAUCGCGAGCGAAGCACCCGCUCGCUCAGCCACUACGAUCGCGAGCGCCGUGACCGUGAAGAAGAGCGCGAACGCCUUUACCGCACCCGUGGUGACCCGCGCGGUAGCCGCGACGAGCUCGACUACGGCGGUGACUCUCGGAGCACGGCUAGCGUCACUGCGAACAAUGACCGCCGACGGCGGCGCGACAGCGAUGCAGAGAGCGUGGCGAGUCGCUCUACGAAGCGGUACCGACGCGAUAGCCGGGAUCGGGACGGCAGGAAGGAUAGGGAGCGCAGGGAGCGCACGCCUACCUCAGGUGCUGCCGCUUCCACCGCGGGUGCCGCGGCUGAGGAAGCGAAGGAGGAAAAGGCUGUGCAUUCUGGAAGUGAGGAGGGGGAGAUCGAGGAGGAUUAG